CCGGCCCGUUAAACAAGCCUGACAUCCCGUUUCCUCACCGCCGCCCACGUCCCCGCACUGCUCCCUCUCGAGCCUCGUGUCCCCAGCCGCGGCCCGCGUCCCUCGUCUCCCUCUCGAGUCUCGCCGGUCGCCGGCGAAGCGGCGACGACGUGCGAACCACCGCAGCGAGGCGGAGCCCUCCACGCCGACGCCCUCCCAGUCGACGCCCGCACGGUUGCGCCUUCAGGAGACCAGGACGUCGCCCGCACGCCUGCGCCUCGACCACCUGCUGUCUGCUGUCCUGCCGGCGGCGAGCCGGAUCCCGGCGACGCCCUCCACCUGGAUCUGGGCAGACACACUAGUUGCUUCAAUUGGUACAUUGUUGAUAUAUUGCAUUUUGGCUAUCACCAUAUCGUAUGUGUCACAGCAAGGCUAAUACUUUUGUUCUACCGUUAGGUUGCUGUGUGAAGUUGCAAGCUGCUCACAUGGAUUCAACAGCGCAAGAUUUCCAACCCAGGACAUUCUCCAUCAAGCUGUGGCCGCCAAGUGAAACCACUCGUCUGAUGCUUGUAGAGAGGAUGACCAAUAACCUGUCCACAGAGUCCAUCUUUUCUCGCAAGUAUGAUCUUUUGAGCAAGGAAGAAGCUCAUGAGAAUGCUAAAAGGAUUGAAGAGAUGUGCUUUGCCUCAGCAGAUGAGCAUUUCAAGAAGGAGCCUGAUGGUGAUGGAAGUUCUGCUGUCCAGCUGUAUGCAAAGGAAACUAGCAAGAUGAUGUUAGAAGUUCUGAAAAAAGGGCCAAGGACUACUGCUGAACAAGAAGCACAUGUGGUUGAUGCACCUAUUGAGCCUGCUGACACUGUAUUCGAUAUAUCUGGUGGCAAGCGUGCUUUUAUUGAGGCAGAUGAAGCAAAGGAACUGCUGAGUCCACUUACCAAACCAGGAAACUCAUAUAAAAGGAUUUGCUUCAGCAACAGGAGCUUUGGUAUUGAUGCUGCCAAUGUUGCUGGACCAAUUCUUGAGUCAAUCAAAGGGCAGCUCACAGAGGUAGAUAUCUCAGAUUUUGUCGCAGGAAGGCCUGAGGAUGAAGCCCUUGAUGUGAUGCGCAUAUUUUCCAAAGCACUAGAGGGGUCUAUACUGAGAUAUCUUAACAUCUCUGACAAUGCUUUAGGUGAGAAGGGUGUCAGGGCAUUCACAGAGCUGCUGAAAUCACAGGAAAACCUGGAAGAACUUUAUGUGAUGAAUGAUGGUAUAUCAGAAGAAGCUGCAAAAGCUCUAUCUAAGCUUAUUCCUUCAACUGAGAAGCUUAAGGUUCUCCACUUCCACAACAAUAUGACUGGAGAUGAAGGUGCUAUGUCAAUUGCUGAGAUGGUUAAGCUUUCUCCAAAUCUAGAGAGUUUCAGGUGCUCUGCAACAAGGAUAGGAUCUGAUGGUGGAGUCGCAUUGGCUGAAGCAUUAGGGGCAUGCACCCGUCUGAAGAAACUUGAUCUCAGGGACAACUUAUUUGGUGUUGAUGCAGGGAUAUCUCUCAGCAAAACCCUUCAAAAGCUUCCUGAUCUUGUUGAGCUUUAUAUCAGUGAUCUCAAUCUUGAGAAUAAGGGUACAAUAGCAAUUGCCAAUGCCCUCAAACAGUCAGCACCUCAAUUAGAAGUCCUUGAAAUGACUGGAAAUGAAAUAAAUGCCAAAGCAGCCCCAGAUUUAGCCAAAUGUCUAGCAGCAAUGCAGUCACUCAAGAAGCUGACCUUGGCUGAGAAUGAACUGAAGGAUGAUGGCGCGGUGAUUAUUGCAAAAUCAUUGGAAGACGGCCAUGCAUAUCUGAAGGAGCUUGAUGUGAGCACAAACAUGUUUCAGAGGGUUGGAGCUCGGUGCUUUGCGUGGGCAGUCGCAAAUAAACCAGGUUUUGUGCAACUGAACAUCAACGGCAAUUUCAUCUCUGAUGAAGGGAUUGAUGAGGUGAAGGACAUUCUGAAGGCCGGUAAGAACUCGCUGGAUGUGCUAGGCUCACUAGAUGAGAACGAUCCUGAGGGGGAGCCUGAUGAUGGUGAUGAUGAGGAAGAGGAGGAGGAGGACGAUGAUGGGCUGGAUUCCAAGCUGCAGAACGUGAAGGUUGAGCAGGAUGAUUAACGAUGCCUAGGUUAACUAGCUCUAGCUUUUGCUCCAGUAACCUUCUGAAUGUCCACCAACUAGGUUAAAUUUUCACUGAAACGAAUGCACUGUGGCUCUGUUAUUUUGAACUGAGUCAAGCAGCCAGGUGAACUAGCCUUGCGGUUUAUCAGAACCUCUUGUAGCUUCCUUCGGAAAUUUGUUUCAUGUUUUAGAGACAUCUGUGUUGUCAAGGUCAGGUGAAGCCGACUCUUGAAGCUGGGUUGAACUUAUUUCGUGGACCCUUGUUUGGUAACUUAUUUGCUGCUGUGAUGU